AUGCUCCACAAUCCAAACAAUUGGCACUGGGUGAACAAAGACGCCUCAGUAUGGACCAAGGAGUGGCUAGAGGAGAACCUGCAGUCCAAGUAUGAGGAAGAUGGCGUUACAGCCCAGUUCAAGAAGCUAGUUAGCAUGGACGGAGACGUCGAUGUUAAUCAGCGCAAGGGCAAGGUCAUUACGAUCUUCGAUGUCAAGCUUGUCAUCGAGUACGAAGGCAAAACCAAAGACGACGAAGAAGUCAGCGGCACGAUUACCAUUCCCGAGGUAGCCCAUGACACUGAGCAAAACGAGUAUGUUUUCGACAUAGAUAUCUAUGCCGAUGCCAACUCAAAGCAACCCGUCAAAGACCUUGUCCGGAAGAAGAUGGUACCAGAACUGCGCAAGAAAUUCGCAGAGCUGGCCCCUGCUCUGAUCAAGGAGCACGGCAAAGACAUCCAACACACAGCUGCCUCAAAUCCCGCAAGCGGUUCAAUCACCCCAAGAAUACACAACCCAAGCGGUCCCGCCUCUACCACCACCGCCCCAGCCAAAACCAACUCUUCAGUCAACACCACCACGGUGACCGAUACCGAAGAGUUCCGCGCCCCAGCUACCGAUUGCUACGCAGUCUUCACGGACCCACAACGCAUUGCAGCCUUCACGCGCUCUGCUCCCAAGCUCUUCGAGGGUGCCAAGGUAGGCGGCAAGUUUGAACUCUUUGGCGGCAACAUCUCCGGCGAAUAUCUCGAGCUGGUUGAGCCGACGAAAAUUGUACAGAGCUGGAGACUGGAUCAGUGGCCCCCGGGACAUUUCUCUCGUCUCGAGAUCACCUUUGAUCAGAACGAUGUGAAUAACAUUACUGUUAUGAGGGUUACCUGGAGUGGGGUUCCAAUUGGUCAAGAAGAAGUUACGAAGAGGAACUGGCGCGAGUAUUAUGUUAGGAGCAUUAAGCAAACUUUUGGGUAA